CGCGUGCUGAGCUGAUGAGUGCAGUGACGGAGGGGUUUGAUAUUAGCAGCUAAUGAGAGAAGAACUACAGGAGCUGAAGGAGUGCUGGCUGUCAGAGAAUGCCACGGCAAGCCCAGGUUUUCUAUUCAGCAAGUCUGAGCGAUAAAAGCAGCGUCGUCUCACUAGGGCGUUUAAUUUUUAACCUUAAGUCCUAACGGUAGCCUAGCUCAUGCUAGAAAGCCCCCAAACAAAAUGCCAGCGGGACUGACUCCGCCAGCCAGCGGGAUACCUGUGUCCGAUGCAGUGGGGUCAUUCAAGAGGAGGAAAAGGAAGUCCAUCAUAGUGACGGUGAUGCUGUUCGUCGUGUCUAUACUUAUCCUAGUCUUUGGGUUGGCUGCUACCACAAGGACACAGAACAUUACUGUUGGUGGUUACUAUCCUGGAGUCAUUCUUGGUUUCGGCUCCAUUCUCGGAAUCAUUGGAGCCCAUUUAAUAGAAAAUAAGAGGCAGAUGCUGGUGGCCUCCAUUGUCUUCAUCAGCUUUGGUGUGGUGGCUGCGUUCUGUUGUGCUAUUGUGGACGGCGUUUUUGCUGCAAGGCACAUAGACCUCAGGCCUCUUUAUGCUGGUCGAUGUGAAUACUACUCCAGCGUAACCUCUUUUGACCUAGAUGUCCAGUGCCAGACCGCUCGUGUGUCCUGUAAGCUGCGUGUGAAGAGUAACACCUGCUACUGCUGUGACCUCUAUAACUGUGGCAAAGAACAUCCUCUUUUGGGACUUCAGAAUAAAGAUGUUUUGAAAAAAUUUAGGAAAUCCACCAUGAUUUGGAAUCGUGUUGAGCUAAGAGGAGGCUACCAUGAGUAUACUGAUGUCCGAAGUUGCCAGGACGUUGUGCACCUCUACCACCUUUUGUGGUCAGCCACUAUUCUCAACAUUAUUGCUCUCUUUCUGGGCAUCAUCACAGCAGCAGUGCUUGGAGGCUUCAAAGACAUGAUGCCAGCAGCUCCUGACACUUGUGAGCCAGACCCUCUGGCCAUCCCUGGACCCCCAGAGACUCUUGCCCAAACCACAUCAAACUCCUUCUACAACACUGCCCCCUGCCUUCCACCUUACACUGCCUACGACCUACAGGGCUCCAUGUUCCCCGACUCUUCUGGCCUUUCUGAUGACUCCCAGUCUGGAGCCAGUCACAUGUGGCCAAGUAUGAUCCCGCCACGCUACUCCCCCCCUUAUUACCCACCUGAUGACAAACCACCACCAUACAGCCCUUAAGGGACCAGCAAAGGAUUACAGGAACACUUACCACAUUGCCAAGGGUUCAAAGGAAAAUGGGCAUUUGGGGAUGCUGAAACACCUUGACCUGUAGUAUAAGAACACCUGCUGCUGUGGAGCCUCACUGUGCAGACAGUCUCACUACACUACCUCAUCUGCUGAAGGGAACGAGACUAUGGCUGUGGUGUGCAGCUAAGAGACUUCAUCCCUGCAGAGCAGAUGUAAGCAGUGAGACGCGUCCAGUAUAACUUUAAUAUACUAGGUGGCCUCUCUACCCUCUACUUGCUACAACUAACAUCAAGACUGUUCACAGUUAUGCCUUAAAAGUGUCUGUCUGCUUCCAAACAGCAUAAGCCCUCUGCCCCUGUUAUGGGUGUCCUAUGCAUAGAGCAUCGCUGUGGGCUUCUCUCUUGGACACAGUGACUGUGCCACCCUGCGUCUGUCACACUAGAUAAUGUGAACACUCCCUAAGUGGCACGGAGUGUCCUGGUCCUGUUUUUUGCCUCGCCUUCGCUCAAGAGGAAUGAAGAGGAGUCUUAUUUUUGAUUUGCACUUUAUCAUCUCUUAGUAUAAUUAAUAAUAUCAAGCUAGAAUAAUUACUUGAGUUCUUUUUAUUCAGUUCGGGCAGCUAGAAUUAUAUGUAUGGAGCCAAAAUCAUAGGCUACUUCAACUUGUAAUAUAUGGUAGCAUUAUUUAGCAUACAGCCCAUGUGUGAAGAAUGUGAAAUGUGCACAAAAUCAAAGCCUGUGUUUUUUAAAAAAAUCAUUUGUGCUGCAAAUAUUCUGUUGCUAAAUUGUGCUAUGAUAAAGUGUACAGGAAACAAUUUCAAACCGGCCUAGUUACACAUGCAUUAUACACCUCUACCUUUUUUCUGGUUUGGAAAUAUGGAAAUGACAAUUUAUAGAAAGGUCAUGGCAAGUGUUUCAGAACAUUCAAUUUAAAAAUGAGGCACAGCUUUUAGGUCAUUAGACCAGCUCUUUUUUUAUAUAAGACUUUUAAUUGCAACUGCAGAAUGACAGGGAUAUAUACAAAAUUACCCGUGUCCUCCUAUACGCAUUUCACAUAAAUCGUCUCUGUGACCUAGUAUUACGCACUGGAACUAUAGCAACAUACUGCCUUCUCUUAAUAUACAUUUACACGAGUCUUAAGACUACUUUCCAGGUAUGUAUUCACUGUGAUUAGUGACAAGUCUGUGUAUUGUGUUUUAUGUGCUUUAUUUGAAGCAAAACAUACAACUGUAAGAACAGAAUAAGCAAGGGUUACAAAUAAGGUGUGUCUGUUCAAAAUAUACUUAAUGUAUAAAAUGUUAUAUGACCAGUCUUACCACACUACAUGGCCAGAUUUGGUGGUUUAUGCCAUAAAACUGAGCUGAAAAAGGGGCCUCCACCUUAUAUACGUUCAUGUUCUUCUCCAAUCAGACUCGCCUUAUUGUUAGACUUACUUCACUCAAAGCCAUACUGAAUACUAUGAAAUUCAAUGCUAGACACCACCACGGAAAAAGGACACUGGAGAAAAGAAACUAUUAACUGUUCACAUGAUCACAUGAACUACCACAAGCCAUGGAAAUAAAAAGAAUUAGUAGGUACUCUAUAGAGUUUUAUUUCACUUUGUACAGCACUAAGACCUAAUAAAUAUGAUUCCAAACAAAACAGAAAUUGUUAAAACAAAGGUCUUUAGUAGUACAAAAUAUGCUCAUGAUUAACAAUUGUUAGAGCACUCACUUUCUGACUGAGGCAACACUGAGUCACAUCCUACUGUCCAAAACAGUUCAUCACUGACAAGACUACAAUGGAAUAUACAUAUGUAAGAAAUGUACAAAAACACAUGUUAAUAAAAGCCCGAGAUCCUUUACGUUACCCUUACAACGUGCUUGGCUUGGACACUUUACUGUUUAGUAGAGGCACGCCAUUUAUCUUUGACAAUUCAGAAUUACGCUUUUGGUGGAAAUGACCGCAGGAUAUAUGGCCAGCAUAUAAAUAAAAUUGUACAAUUUUACAAUUCUAAAACAACCUCCUAAAUCAUCGACAUAUUACUAAAGACAUUCACAGAUUUAUUCCAUCCUUCCUCACACAAAAAAAAAACAUAAAUAAAAAAUGUGUCUCUUCAUGUUUCAAUCCCCACCCUGUGAUGUAAACUGAUUUUACUCUAAUCUGUCAGAAAAAGAAAUUGAUUUAAUAAAAUUACAAAAUCAGGGCAAUAAAGUCAGGAUUUCAUCCUGGUCAAAGGUGAAUCUUUAUGUUCAAUCCCUGUGCAAACCAAGGGAAUCAUAUUGAAGCUGACGUUCUCAAGGAUGGCAUACGUUUGUGCAUUGCAGUACGUUGUUGAGAUUAUCAUGUAAUGUGAAACAAAACUGAAAACGUUGUAGUCUACACUCUUGAAAAAAAGAUGGUUCUUCAAGGGUUCUUUAGUAAAGGAAGUGGUUCUAGUUAGAACCAUGACUUCUAUAAGGAACCAUUUUAAUGCUUAAAUGGUUCUUAGCAUGAUGAAAUGGUUUUUCAGAUUAAUGGAGAAUGUGUUGUAUAUGUAUAUGGAACGCCUUUUUUAAGAGUGUACAGCAUUUUCAUCCCCUAAAGUACUGUAUGCUCUUCAAGAGUGUAAAUAAAUUUGUUGCAUAUUUACCUUCA